AUGCUCUUGUCUAACAUUACUCAGUUUAGACCCAUGUUCUACCUCACAGGCUUUCCAGGAUUGGAAGCCAUCGAACACUGGAUUUUCAUUCCCUUUUUCUUUAUGUACCUGGUGGCCAUCUCAGGAAACUGUUUCAUUCUGAUAAUUGUUAAGAUCCAGNGGCGUCUGCACACACCCAUGUACUGUCUACUCUCCCUGCUGGCCCUGACUGACCUGGGACUCUCCGUGUCUACCUUGCCCACCACUACAGGGAUCUUUUGGUUCAACUCCCACAGUAUCUACUUUGGAGCCUGCCAAGUCCAAAUGUUCUGCAUCCACUCGUUCUCCUUCAUGGAGUCCUCAGUGCUUCUUGUCAUGUCCUUUGACCGCUUUGUGGCCAUCUGCCACCCCCUGAGGUACUCAGUCAUUGUCACUGGCCAGCGAAUGGUCAGGGCAGGCCUGAUUAUCAUCCUGCGGGGACCUGUGGCCCUUGUCCCCAUUGUCCUCCUCCUGAAGGCUUUUCCCUACUGUGGGCCUCUAGUCCUCUCCCAUUCAUUCUGCCUACACCAGGAGGUGAUACACCUGGCCUGCGCAGAUACUACUUUCAACAGUCUGUAUGGGCUGACACUGGUGGUGUUCACCGUGAUGCUGGACCUGGUGCUCAUCGCACUGUCCUAUGGACUCAUCCUACACACAGUGGCAGGACUGGCCUCCCCUGAGGAGAAGCUCCGAGCCUUCCAAACCUGUACAUCACAUCUCUGCGCUGUGCUAGUAUUCUUUGUGCCCAUGGUUGGGCUGUCCCUAGUGCACCGCUUUGGGAAACAUGCCCCACCUGCUGUCCAACUUCUUAUGGCCAAUGUCUACCUGUUUGUGCCUCCCAUGCUUAACCCAAUCAUUUACAGUAUUAAGACCAAGGAGAUCCGCCAUGCCAUAGUCAACCUCCUAGGCAUUAGAAAGGUCAGUGCUGAGUCCUUGGUCUAA